AUGAGAGAUGACAACCAAUUCAAAAGAAAGACUUACCAGGUCUCUCAACAAGCAAUUCUUCUUGCACUUAUUAACAAACAUUUUUCGAUCGCUCUGAUGCUUCCAAAAAAGCGAGCAAUAACUGGGCGUCAGUUCCUUUGUGUCAAAACGAUAAAAAAUGGCAAUGAUGUCAUCGAAAUCGACAAUUUUGUUCAUCAACGAAUGAAAGAAUAUAACAAUUAUGCGACAUCCAUUGGCAUCCCCAUGAAGACAAUCACUCGGCGUGGCGAGAACAAUCGCAUCGUCGAGAACAUACACAUUCUUCUUGACAUACUUGUUGAACUUGGGUAUCACUUCCAAACAAAGGUUUCAACUGGAAAAAACUACUCGUUGAAGUUUGAUACCAUUAAGAGCUUCCAACUUGGUAAAUUUUCUUUCAAUAAAAAUACAAUUGGUCAAAAAGGAAUUUUAAUAAAUUCUUAUUUAAACAACCUCAUCGCAACCAACAAUAACCGAGGGCAAACUGUCAUAGUCGAAAAAAAUGAUGUAAAUAUUGAAAAAUUCCUUUUGACUGGGUUUUGA